AUGGUUCGCAGCGAACCUGUUGGCUGGGUUUCGUACCGAGUCUAUAACCGUUUGGCUCGGGUUCGUUGUGGUGAACUGCAUUGCAAUCAACUACGAAUGACUCGGAUUCAUAACUCCAUCUGUAAGCAAACAUCUGUGAAAUUGACUCGAAACACAUGGGUUGACCAACGAAAAGUCAAAAUUGGUUCACCUGCGAACGUUCGCUUUGGGUGUACAACAGCAAAAAUCGGACAAAAACGACCCUUAGCUGUUGAGUACGAUAACAGGGGCGACCGAUUAAAUAUGAUCCAAUCAGGGGAGGGUGUUGAUUGGGCGGUUGCAGAAGCCCUUGCUUUCGCGACUUUGCUGGUGGAGGGAAAUCACGUGAGGUUGAGUGGUCAGGAUGUUGAGAAAGGUACUGUCCCAGAGCUUCCGCCAUAG